AUGUCUUCUGCCAUGUUCUUGUCCGCGUACCUGGCCCUGCUGGUCGUCCCGAGUGUCCUGGGAGCGGUCAGCCUGCGCCGCCUGUCCUCCAUGUACCUGCCGCACGGGUUCACAGGAGACGGCGCGCCGCUGUACAGCAUGGGGGACCACGGCGCCGUGGAACAGAUGACCUACGAUCCCAGGAACCACUACAUCUAUACAGUCGGCGAAGCGACCAUUCUCAACAUCAUCGAUAUCCAGGAUCCGAGCACGCCUAGGGUGGUGUUCCGACAAUAUCUGCCAGGGGGCGCGACCGACAUUGACUCCUGCGGGAACUACAUCGCCGUGGCCAUACACGCCGAGCCCCACACCAGACCCGGAACGGUUCUCAUCUACGAAAUGUACGACCCGGUACAGAACGAUCUGCGCCUGAUCCAUACCAUCCAAGUUGGCCCUCUACCGGACAUGCUGAAGUUCACCAAGGACUGCCGUAAGUUGGUGACCUGCAACGAGGGCGAGCCGGCGAACACCGAGUCGGGAGACAUCGUGGAUCCCGAAGGCUCGGCGACGAUUGUCGAGUUCCGUUCGGGUGACCUCGCCAACGAGAUCGAACCCACCGUUCGAACAGCCACCUUUCACAAGUUUGAGCAACAUGCGUACCGAUACCAAGCUAAGGGGCUUCGAUGGCUGUUUCCGGAAGUGACGCACGGUGCGGGAAACAACACGCAGGUGACGCGGUUCAGCCUCUCACAGUCACUGGAGCCGGAGUACCUGGCGUUCAGCCACGACGAGACUAAGGCCUACGUUGUGCUUCAGGAAAACAACGCCAUAGCCGUGCUGGACAUGGCGACCGCCAGUUUUGAAGAAAUCUACCCUCUCGGGUCCAAAUACUGGGGCACGGCGAGUCUGGACACUAGUGACGAGGAUGGAGGAAUCAACCUGCGAGAGUGGCCGAUCUACAGCCUGUUCCAGCCGGACGGCAUGAAGACCUUCUCCCACCGGGGCAGACAUUACAUCCUCACGGCGAACGAGGGCGACGACAAGGAGAUCCAGAUCGGCGGGGAGGAGUUCACAGACAGCGUCAAGGGGAGAGACAUCAUGAAAGACUCUCUUCUCGGAUCCGGCUUCAGCUCCGGGCGCGUCAGGAGAGCGCUUGGACACGAGACGGAACUCAGCUGUAUCCGCUUCAGCGUCUUCGACGGGAGGGACCGAUGGGACCAGACGAAGUUCUCGGCGCUGCACGCGUUUGGAGGCCGAGGGUUCUCCGUGUGGGACGCGGAGGACGUGAGUCUGGUGUGGGACAGCGGAGACGACGCCGAGAGGAUGAUCGCCAGCUUCCAUCCCGACAUCUUCAACUCGUACUACAAUGACGCGGCCCUCGACAAGGACAUAAGGAAGAACUUCGACAAGAGGUCUUGUAAAAAGGGACCAGAGACAGAAGCCGUCGCGAUCGGCUCAGUCGGAGGCCAGACCGUCCUGUUCGUGGCGAACGAGCGGUCCUCCACCAUCAUGCUGUACACGCUCCCGGACACGGACAUCAUCUCCCCGGUCUUCCAGAGCAUCUACUGGCCGGGCGCGCCGGCGGGCACCUGGCGGCAGGCGUACGACUCGCGCACGGUCGGAGACGUGGACCCGGAAGAUCUUAGAUUCGUUGCGGCAGAGGACAGUCCUAACGGCAGCCCGCUUCUCCUGGUGGCCGGGACGGUCAGCGGGACAGUCAGCGUGUACGAGGUGUACGACGACACGGAAGUAACGGCAUCUGCUGGUGUGGUGCUGCCCGGUAUUCUCACGACAUACGUCACCGCCAUCGCACUCGCCCUGUACACCGUAUAG